UCGAAUUUAUGAUUGGGAUUUUGAAUCAGUAGCCACAAUACACUGUAGUAUUGCGCUGUACGCUCGUAAAGGUGAUGAAGCAGAACUAUAAAUCGAUCAGCGCGUCACAAUCUAGUAGAGAUCUACGAUCCAACACAGGGGACUCAACAAUGGUUGAAGCUCAAAUAAAACAAAUCAUUCAACAGGUCUUCAUUAAUAUUAAUACCAAGCUAGACGAAAAAUUUGAUGAAUUACAGUCGAGUCUGGUAUCCGCCCAGAAACGUAUUGAAAGCAACACAGACAAAAUUCUCGAAAUUGAUCAAAGAAUGGAUAGUAUGGAACAACACAUUCGAAGAUGUAAUUUGAGAAUUUAUGGGAUGGACAAUCUCGGCAAAAAUGAUUCAGUGCAUACAGUAACAGAAUUUGUGAGGAAUACAAUGAAAAUCAAAGAUUUCACCACAAAUGAUAUUGAAUCUUGUUAUAAACUACCAAGAAAUGCGUGUUUUGUGAAGUUAGCUAACUAUAAAACAAAACAAAGUGUUUACAACGCGAAAAAACUUCUCAAAGGUACUAAAAUUAUAAUUAGGGAAGAUCUCACACCUUUCCGGUUGAAAGCUGUGAAUGCUGCCGCUUCUAAGUAUGGUUCAAAGAACGUCUGGACUAUAGAUGGGAAUAUCAGGAUAAUCAUCGACAAAAAUAUUGUGAAACCAUCCAUUCAAGAUUUUCAACAACUCAUCAAAAAAAAAUCUGAUAAAGAUGAAUAG